UUCACACUUUAUUGUCUACUUUUCAUCUCUUCUUUGUCACAUCUCAAUAAGGAUGUUCAAGAUUUAACCUAGACCAAAUUAAAAAACUUUUUGUACAAAGAAAAAAGAAAGAAACUUUGUAGGGUUGUUUUCACUGCAAAGUCGUUCGGAAUUAUCUGAAACGACUCUGCCAAUCCCUGCCAUGCCUCUUUCUUAACACUACACUCUUCAGUACGGCGAAUAAACAGAUGCUGCUCCUUUUUUUCCAUCUUUCUCCAUAUCAAAAACCUUGAGAACUAAACAACAAAUCCCCCAAAAUUCCCCUUUCCUCCAUGGCUCUUCUUCUCUUUUUCAUCACCCUUCUUCAAUUUUCCUCCAUUUCCAACCAGCAACAGCUUCCUCUGCUUUCUUCUCUCGAGCGAGAGACUGUUUUUUCCGUUCUCGCCGCCGUCAACUCCGUCAUCCCUUGGCGGACCCUCUUCCCUGACGAUGACCUCUGCUCCGCUCCUCCACAUGGCGUCGUUUGUGACUACUUUUAUGAAUCCCUUAACAGUACGGAGCCUGACUCUGUUCAUAUCACUGAAAUGAGCUUCGGUUUUAUCUCCGAUUACUCUGCGAAUCCACCUUGUUCUUUGAAUUCUACCAUCGACCCAGUUCUUUUCUCCGCCUUUAGGUACUUGCGGAAGCUUUUCUUCUAUAAGUGUUUCACCGGCGAUGUUGCAGUUUCUUUCUCCGGCGGUGUUUUGCCGGCGAGUUUGGAGGAGCUUGUUUUGGUGGAUAAUACGGCGUUGGUUGUUUCUCUUGAAAGUUUGUUUGGCAAUUUUACUAACAUAAGAAGAGCAAUCGUUACUGGAAAUGGCGUUUACGGUCAAAUCCCAGAGUGGAUUUCUGAUUCCGGCGAACUGGAAGAGAUUACUUUCUCACGGAACCGUCUUAACGGUCAGAUUCCGGCAAGUUUGUCGAAACUUAAGAAGCUGAAGAUUCUUGAUCUUAGUGGGAAUUUCCUCGACGGAUUUGCCCCUGAAUCAUUAGGAAACCUCACGGAGCUUCUGAAAUUGGAUUUAAGCUUCAAUAAAAUCUCCGGCAGAAUUCCGGAAAGUUACCGGAAUCUGCAGACACUGGAGUUUCUAGACUUGAGCUUCAAUCGAUUUGGGAAUUUCGGGAUACCCAAAUUUGUAACAGAGAUUCCGAGGUUGAAGGAGGUUUAUCUGAGCGGAAAUUUACUCGGAGGGGAGAUUCCAGAGAGAUGGGAAAAGGUCGAAGGCUUGUCGGCGAUUGGAUUUUCCGACAUGGGUUUGACCGGAAAAAUUCCACCGUCAAUGGCGGUUCUUCUGAGAAAUUUAAGCUACUUGAGACUGGACGGAAACAAUCUUGAAGGGACAUUGCCGCCGGAGUUUGGAUUUUUGAAGAAAUUGAAUGAAAUCAAUUUAGAAAACAACAAUCUGAGCGGCAGAGUUCCAUUUUCUUCAAAUUUCUCUGCAAAAAUUGGAAAGAAAUUGAGGUUGAGAGGGAACUCAGAUCUCUGUGUUGAUGAAGAACUGAAGAAUGUUAAAAAUGGAAGCAUUUUGGGGAAGAUGAAACUCUGCUACCAAUCAAAUAUCACAGAUGAUCAGAUUUUCCUUAGUGGGUUUUCUUCUUCUUCCUCCUCUUCUUCUUCGUUGAUGUUUGAUUUUCAAAAUCUGCUGUUAAUUGGGGUUUUGUGGAUUUUCUUGGUAAAAUUUUAGGAGGUUUUGGGAUAGAGAAGGAGGGAUUAAGAGUUGGAUUAAGGAUGAUAAGAGAGAUUAAGUAGGGAGAUUAAACCGACUGAGAUGAAUUUGGGUUUUUUUUUUUAAUUUUUACAUUUAGGGUUUGAAGGAGUGACAAUGAGGAAAGUGAAAAAAAAUUGUAAUUAAGUUGUGUUAAUUUACAGCUUAUAGUGAUAUAAACAGUAAUGGGAUUUUGAUUUUAAUUA